AAUCAACAUACGGAUCGUAUAUCGCGGGCUAUAUACUGGAAUCGGAAAUUAUCGUUGCUUUCCUUUCUUGUGUGGCAAGCCGGCACGACAUACGUACACAUUGGUCUCCAUAAGCCACAGCUAUCGGCGAGGGAGCCAGCAGCUCCGGAAUUUAUCUCGAAGUAAACUGGACAAAUUGCAGAGCGUUUCUUUGUUAAUUGAUCCUACGACGAUCUCCAAUUAGAGUAGAAGACCACUCGCUGAACCGUUUGCGGUUGGUGCCUACACACUAGUUCAGUAGACACGGAACGUUAAUACGGCGAAAGCGCGGACACGAUGGCGGCGGUAGAGGGUUAUCAAAAUCAAGCGCAAUGCGAGACACAGUCGAAUCAUCAGGAGCAAUCUUCGAGUCAAGGCCAAAUGGAUCAGCAAGAUCAGCAAGGCUCGCAAGGAAAUCAGCAGAUGCAUUCCCAUCAACAGCAUCAGGACCAUGUUUUACAGCAACAGUCUUCACACCCACAAGCAACCGCCGGUAUUCCUGGCAAGGACGACGAACGCAAACUCUUCGUCGGUGGACUUUCUCGCAAUACUACAGAUAAGGAGUUGCGUGAUCAUUUCAGCAAAUUUGGUGAAAUCGAGAGUAUUACCGUAAAGAUCGAUCCGCACACCGGCAUUUCACGUGGUUUCGCCUUCAUGGUGUUCACCAAUGCCAAGGCUAUCGACAAGCUACUUGCAUCUGGGGAGCAUUACAUUAACAAACGUAAAGUGGACCCGAAACGAGUCAGUAAGAAACCCCAGCAUGGUAAAAUCUUCGUAGGUGGUCUCACUCCUGAAAUCACGGAUGACGACAUCAAAACGUAUUUUGGACAGUAUGGCAACAUCGUCGAGUUGCAAGCACCUUUUGACAAAGUCAAAAAUCAACGAAAAGGCUUCUGCUUCAUCACAUUUGACUCGAAGGAAGUCGUUUACAAAUUACUGAAGACACCUAAGCAAACAAUAAAUGGUAAGGAGGUUGAUGUGAAAAAGGUAAAAGUCAAUCCGGAUCCAAGAAACCAGGGCUUCUGGGCACCUGGUUACGGUGGAUAUGGUUAUGGUGGUGGAUACGGAUAUAUUCCUGAUUACAACGGUUACCAUGGCGGAUAUGAAGACAUGUAUGCGAAUUACGAUUACGCUGGGUAUGACGGCUAUGAUAAUAUGGGAUACGCGCAGCCUAAGCCACGAGGUAAUGGUCCAGGACCUCGUCAGUUUCAGAGACAUCAACCGUACUAAGCGUAAAGAGGUAUAUUGAAUCCUAUGCACUUCAUACCCGGUGAUAAGAUUUAACACGUCUAGAAAGAGUUAGACUAAUUGCGUCUAUAGCUGAUAUUCAGUCUGAGACUGGGUUCGUUUUUGAGGUCGUUUCGGGGGUUGCAGGGAAUGUCAUGAACGUAAAAAAAAAAGAACAGCUUAUCAACCAAGCUCAGUAUAUCGUGCAUAUAAUAGAUAAGGAGGAACCAAAAAAAUUUAUCCUGGAAAAUAUGCUUAGUAUGCGUUUAUAAAGCAGAAAUUGGUCUGCACCAUAGUUGAUUCAUGAACAACAUUAAAAAACCAGUCGCUCGUUAUCAUGUCUUUUUCUCUGCAAUUGUAUUACUAGAAUGGCUAUGAUUUUGGCACUGCACAACAGAAUUUUAAGAGCGAAAGAAUAAGAAAUUGAGGGUAAAGAAAGAUGAAGCGCGAAUAUACUUUGUAUUUUCGACUGUGUGAGGAUAUAUACAUAUAUAUAUAUAUAUAAGAUAUACUUAGUAUUUUCUUCCACAGCAAGAGGGUAAAGAAUAUACUUGGUGUUUUCUUCCAUAAUAACAGAGCUAACGACAUGAUAUUUCAUACAGAGCUUUUAUCCAAUUUAAUGGAGUGAUUUGUUGUUGCUGUAUGAAAUGAAGCAGAAUUUGUAUAAUUGUGAAACUGUAACCAAUCUUACUUCCUGUUAUGGAAAAGUUUUGGUGUCGAGUAGAAGGAGACGCACGUCACACAUUUGUAUUUGUAUCUCGUUAUUCAUGAGUAAUUGACUAACACAUUUGUAGGUAAUAAUUUAAUACUCCUACUUUUCUUUAGAAAUUUAAGUUUAUCCCUCAUUAUUCAAGUUUGCUUAGCUUUUUUUUGCGUAGUGUUAUUACUUUAUGCGAAUAAUAAAAUUCAUGGUGUAUAGUUGCAAACCAUUGAUAAAACAAAAAAUUGCCUUAUUUACAUACCUUUUUUUGACCUCUGCAUGUUAUAAUUAAAUAAUAGAUUUACAAAAAUAAGAAAACACUCAACGACCAAGAGAUCUAUUUCUACAUAAAAAUAUUUCUUCCUCAUAAAAUUGUAUCUUAUAACUAUACAGCUUAUUAUAAUGGGUAAUACAUUUUACUAGCUACUAAGUCUUGUAACUUAUCUUCAGAUUGUAAGUAAUGAAAUGUACAUAUAUGUUAUAUGUAUGUAUGUAUAUACGGAAUGUUCACAUACGUACAUAUGUACAUGUAUGUGUAUAUGUCUAUGACUACUACGGAUUUAUAAAAUUAGAGUUUAGAUGAUAAAUGCAAAAAAAAAGAAAAAUAUAAAAAAGAAUAUAAUUAAAAUAUGAACGUCCUGGGUAAAUACAUAAAGUGCACGCAAACGACUCAACUUUCUCGAGGAGAUAGUUCGAUAGAUUAAAACAUACAUUUGCGGCAGUAAUACGCAAAUGUUAGAAACGCUGAUCAGUGUUCUCUAUCGUAUAGUACGUUUCAAGCUAUCGAAGCUAUUACGUUCCUCUUUGCGACUGCAUCACCUAUGGUCAAUGAAUCAAUCAUCAAAGACUCUUAGCUGCCAUUUGAUGAAACAGCGUAUCUGUAGUCACGACAAAGAAAAGAAAAGAAAUGAAGGUGUAACCGUAAUUACUUACAUAAUAUUUACGCAGCAUCAUACCGUACUAUCAUUGUCUUGAAUGUGUCAUAGUAAAAACCUAUUGUCAUAGUUAAUUAUCCGGCAAUUAAUUCGUCUAUAAGAUCUAUCUCGAGACAGAAUUCGAUCACUCGCGUGUCGUCUGUGUGCUCAGUCAGUUUGUAUAAAAAGAAAAGGAAUAAAAGAACGAAGAUACGAAUACGACGCAAGUAGAUGAAAUAGAUAAACAUAUGUUAUAUAUUGAGAAUGAUGAAUGGAAAUUAACAAACAUUUUCUCGAGCUAUCGGCGAUUAUCAGAAUGUUUAAGGCGGCGACCAGAGUUGACGAAUAUAAUCUAAGCUACAUUAACACUUCCUUUCGCAUUUCUGUUUGGUAGCAGUUCCUGUUCAUCGUACCAAGACUGCUGUUUAUAUCGCGAAAAGACUGUUAUCAAGCGAUGAUACAGGCUCUAGAGAAUUUGACAAUUAAUGAAACUUGUGGUUUCGACUUGCGAAAUUAUGAGAACAUAGAAAAAUGGAUAAUGUAAUAAUAGAAAAUGUAGAUAUGACACAAUGGGACUACAUUUAGAUACAUCGAAAUUAUAUACACAAGGCUGAAAAAGCUUUAAACAUUCAAAAGGAAAAAGGUUUUCUCAGACGUCAUAAAGGCAUCGACAGUUUGGCUUAAAUGAGAGUUAGUUAACAACGUGAAGUAUCUUCUUGAGAAUAUCACGUCAAGUAUCUCAUCUUGAGAAUAAGUUUUUAAGCCAAGCUAAUAAUGUCUUUGAAAUUAAAUCUGUAUACUGUGUAUACCAUAUUUGCUGCGUGUGAAAAUAUAUAUUGAAACAAGAGAGAGAGAGAGAGAGAGAGAGAGAGAGAGAGAGAGAGAGAGAAAGAGAGAACAGAGCG